AUUUUAGUGUGUUCAAGACAUGCAGAAUAACCAUGCUUCUGGAAGAAUGGAAGUCCUUCUUUAGAAAGUAUCCAACGCUCUCCGCCUCCGGUUCGGAGCUUCUCUCCGCGAGGGCAACGAUCGUGCUCAAAGUGGCCCCCACGACUUCAACCCUUCCUGCACCGGCACUCUUAUUAGAGCCUACCGGAGAGCUGGGGAGUCGGAAUUGGGGCUCCGCUAAGCAUUUGCCCCAGGGACGCUCGACCCUGGGUUCUAUGGGGUGGAGCGUCGCUCCCGCUGCUUCCCCCCCUCGCAAAGACGGGCUGCAAACCCCACCGGACGGCGCUGGCGCUGGACCGGAAGCCUGUAUUUUCACACAUUCUUGCAGAAGCGUUCCUGUUCAGGUUCCUGCCAGCCAGCUACGAAAAGACCUCAGUUCCAUCUGAACUUGUUCAGAUUUGAGUUAGAUGGUUUAUACAAAAGCUGCAUUGAAGAGCUUUGAAGUGGCACUGUAUGAUGAUGCUGAGAAAAAUACAGUGUCGUGUCUGGAUAUGCUCAGCAUUGGUUUCAAAGAAAGGCAAACCAGUUCUACAUCAUUUUAUCUAUCACCAUAGACUGCUGUCAGAUCUCAGACCUAAAAACAUCAAAGACUCUUACAGGCUGCUUAACCUUCAGGAAGGCUGUUCAAUGGAUGAUGUCAGAAAUUCAUAUCGAGACCUUGCUAAGCAAUAUCACCCUGACAGUGGAUCUGCUACAGCAGAUUCUGCAACUUUUGUGCAAAUAAAAGAAGCAUAUAGAGUUGUGCUUAACUAUAUGAACAAGAAAAUGAAAUCAAGUGAAAACAAUGAGGAGGAUGAGGAAGAUAAAUUCAAAUCUAAGACACCACAACAUAGACAGUAUUUAAGUUUUGAGGGUGUAGGUUUUGGAACUCCAAGUCAGAGAGAGAGACAGUAUAUGCAAUUUAGAGUUGAUCGGGCUUCUGAACAGGUCAUGGAAUAUCGAAAGCAGAAAAUGGAGCGCCAACUUGUAAUGAGUGAUGCUAUGUUAGCUAAAGAUGUAAGGCAAAGUAAGAAGGCAAAAAUCACUCAAGCGAUUGAACGUUUGGUUGAAGACCUCAUUCAAGAAUCUAUGGCAAAAGGGGACUUUGAGAACCUUAGUGGUAAAGGAAAGCCAUUGCAAAAAUUUUCAGACUGUCCACAUAUUGAUCCUAUGACUCACAACCUGAACCGUAUUCUGAUAGACAAUGGAUACCAACCAGAGUGGAUUCUCAUACAGAAAGAAAUACGGGAAACAAUUGAAAAACUGAGAAAGGAUCUGAUUGCUUCUAGGAAUAAACUGGGAGAGCCAAUGACACCACAAAAAGAGAAACAAUGGAAGGAAUCUUGUGAACAGUUUACAGAAAGCAUCCAGGCACUAAACAAAAGAAUUAAUGACUUCAACUUGGUUGUUCCUAUUCUUAGCAGGCAGAUGGUACAUUUUAAUGCUGACAAAGAAAUUUCACGUGCACAGGAGAGCUGCAAAAGCCAGAUGAAAAGGAAUUCUGAAAAGGAGACAAAGAAAACAGAAAAUGAAAGUGGCAGAUCAUCUGACAUUAAAGCCAGUUUUUUAAAAUGGAUGAAUCUUAUUUUGAAAUAAGAUUACGCUGAUAGCCAUGUGGUUUAGCUACUAAAUGUACACUAAGAUUCAUAUUACUUCCAGAAGACAUUACCUUUUUCAGUUUACUGUGUAGGAACAAAUAAACACAUUUAUACCUGCCAGCAUUGUUGUGGUUGGCAUUCCUUUAUUUUUUAGGUAUGUUGAAUUAAGUUUUAGAAAAAUAAAAUGUUAGAUUACAUUCGCAAACUAGGACAUUUAAAAAUGGAAGGGAAAACAGACAAGUUUUUGUUCUUGAAGCAAAAGGCAAAAAAUGAUAUUCCUUCCCCACUCAUUUUGUGACUUGUAAGAGAAGGGAGUUGGGAACAUAAAGAAUGAGUUUGCAAAUUCUGUCUGACACAACUGUUGCAUAUUAUUUCAUGGUUCCUGCUGUUGUUCCACAUCUGUUGCUUUCAGCUGCAAGGUGAGAAAAAGUGAAAACUUGGCUUCAGUAUUUUAAAAAUGUAUGUUUCUGGAUUUCUCCAUUGAUGACAAUAUUGCUUUCUUUUCAUGCUUUUAGUGCAACUAAUGAAUAUGACCAAGUUAGACCAGUUAAUUUCAAUGAGUUUGCUUUGAGAAAAGCUUAGCUGAAUGCCACCCAUCCUAGCCAAGGCAGGGUGGAGUUCCAUUGUAUUGGGUCCAGAACACUAAAUGUACUAAAUGUUUGCAUGUAGUUCAGCUAGCCUGGGUAGUAAAAUAUUACCUAUUAUAAUAAAAUCAUAUUUAAUAGGAGCUGAUGGUUAUGAUAUCAAAUCUAUUUGUGUGCUUUAGUAACCAGCAUACCUCAAAAUAUGAAUAAGAUGUAUGCUUAACCAGCCUGGAGGAAAGUGUGAACAAAGGUGAAUAAAAAAUCAGUGCAUGUGACAACUGGUAAGGCAGGGCACACAUCCUCCAGGGAAAAUAGGCAUAGCAACUAACAAAACAACCUGUUCAACAGCUGAGUAACAAUUAUAAGGUUAUUGUGUAAAACACUGUGUGGCAAGGCACUAUGAGGGAUCUUAGCAGCCUUUCCCAACCUAGUGCCCUCCAAAAGUUUUGGGUUAUUCCCAUCACCCCCUGUCAUUGACUAUGCUGGCUGUUACUGAUGUGAGCUACAGUCCAAAACAGUGGGAGGAUAUUGGAUUGAGGAAGGUAAUAAUAAGAUCUGAGAUGGUAAUAAUAAUAAUAAUAAUAAUAUAUUUAUAACCCGCUCAUCUGGCUGGGUUUCCCCUGCCACUCUGGGAAACUCCCAACAGAAUAUUAAAAAAUAAAACAACAAACAUUUAAAACUUCCCUAAUCAGGGUUGCCUGUUUAGUAAACUUGUGUCUCUUCACAUGUGCAUAUGUAUGUCUUCAUAAAUGCCUAGCUAACCCUUCUUCCCAAACUGCGAAGUUCCGGGCACUGAGGCCUUGGGCAAGCCUAUACCGCGAGCUCCCUCUGCACCGCGCCCUGAUCCUGGAGGCGGCGAAACCACACCCGCGACGGCGGCCACCUGCCCUCGCGGGAGGAGCUCUUGCUA